AUAAAAUUAAUUGUCAACUAUUUUUUAUAAUAAAAAAAUAAGCAAAAUAAAAAUAUGUAUGUGUCAAGAGUACAUGAUUAUUACUGAAAUAUUGAUAAAGGAUUGAUCAAAUUGUUUUUGUUAUGUGAUGCCAAUAAGCAACAAUACCAAGUCAUCACAAGGAAAAAAAUUAACGUUUAAUGUACGAGGUAAAUCAGCAACAGUUCAUACUGAUACAGAACAAGAAGAAAAUAAUUUUUUUACAAUAGCACCAGCUUUACCAAUAUUACCAGGUGCUUCUGCGCCAAUUAAAUUGACAAAACGUUCAUAUAGUUCAUUGAACUCUACAAGUUCAACGUUUGCUUUUGAAGAUGCUGAAGUUGGUGGAUGUGAUGUCGUUGCAUUGCAACAAGCUGGAGAAGGUAGAACAGUUGUGGCAAAAAGAAGUCAAAUUGAACGUGAUAAAAAUCCCGAUAGAAUUUGUCUUGAUCGUCGUGGUCUUACUAAUUUUCCUGACAUUAUUGAUGAGCCAAAGCUACGUCUCAUGUCACUACAGCAUAAUUUAUUAUCACGCAUUGAAGCUGAUAAUUUUAUACAAUUGACAAAACUAGUAUUUCUUGAUUUAUAUGAUAAUCAAAUUGAAAAAAUUAAUGAUUUAAUACCACUUGAAAAUUUACGAGUAUUAUUAAUUGGUAAAAAUAGAAUUAAAAAAAUUGAAGGUCUUGGACCACUUGUUAAACUUGAAGUACUUGAUUUACAUGGUAAUCAAAUAGUUCAAGUAUCUGGACUUGAUGACUUAAUAUCAUUAAAAGUACUCAAUUUAGCUGGUAAUAAUGUUAAAAUAAUUGGUUACAAUGAUUUUCAUGGUUUAUCAUCAUUGAAGGAGCUUAAUUUAAAACGAAAUAAAAUUAAAAAAUUACUUGGUUUUGGUGAAACACCACAAUUACAAAAAUUAUAUUUAAGUAAUAAUGAUAUACAAAAAAUUGAAGAUAUGGGAAGUAUUGCUAAGGCAUUACAAAUAAAAGAAAUAACAAUUGAUGGUAAUCCAGUAACACUUAAUGCUGAUUGUAUAUCAUUUUUAGUAUCAUAUUUACCAAAUUUACAAGUAUUAUCAACAAUGCAAAUUAAUGAACAAGUUAGAAGAACAGCAAUGGCAUGGCGUACAACAAAAGAACAAUCAAAUUCAGCAUUUCUUGAUCUUAGUACACAAGUAUGUGUUAAUGUACGUCGUGAAGAAGUCAUAACAAAUGCUAAAACAAAUUGGGAAUUACUUAGAUCACAAACAAAAUGUUUUACAAGUAAUUCAAGUAAAUUAAAUAAUAUUAAAAAUGAUAAAAUACGUGGUUUAAAUUUACAAAAUUCAAAUAAAUUUGAUACAGUUAAAUUAAAAAGUUUAGAUGAUAAUAAUAAAAAAAAUAUAUAUGGUAGUUUAACAUCAAUUAAUGAAAAAAUUGAAUCUAAAAAAAUACAAUAUAAAAAACGUAGUAAUUCAAGUGAUGGAUUAUUUCGUAUUGAUAAUAUUAAUAAAAUAAAUGCUCUUGAAUUUAAGCUACCACCAAUAUUAUUACCAAUUAUAAAUAAUUUAACAAAUAAUAAAAAUAAUGAAUUAUAUAAAAAUCAAAAGAGCAAUAUUUUAAUUGAUAAUACAGAUACAACAACUGACAGUGAGUUAGAAAGUUCAGAGAGUCAUGAAAGUUUAAAAAGUGGUCUUAGAAAUCAUUUAUUAAAAUGUAAUACAAAAGCCAUAACAGCUGAUAAUGAUAAAAACAAUAUUUAUAAUUUAUCAAAUAUUAAUAUUAAAAAACAAGAUAAUAAUGAUAUUAAUAAUCGUGGUAAUAUGGUAUCAUUUAAAUCACAUGACUCAUUUAUAUCUGAUAAUAAAGUAAAUUUAAAAACAUUUUAUAAUCUCAUUGAUACAAAUGAUGUACAUGAUAAAUUACCUGAAAAUUAUAAUCAAUCAAAUUUUCAUUUAAUAAAUACAAAAACAAAUAGUUUAGAUAGUAAUAAAUCAAUAUUUGGUGAAUCAAGUAGUUCAUCAACAACAAAAGCUGAUGAUUAUGAUGAUUCAGAAGAUGAUAAAAAUCGUAUUAAAAUAUCAAAAAUUAAAAAAAUGGUUCAUUAUAAAAAUAAUAGAGCUGCAACUGCUAGAGUUAAACACAGAGCAUCAAUGGCACCAUCACCACCACCACAACAAAAUCCACCACCAAAAGAAAAAGAACAAGGUGGUGAUUAUUUAGUUGAAAUAAUUGGUCGUUGUUUAAAUGUAUAUGGACAAGGUGCAUUACGUUUUAUUGAUCGUUCAUGGGAUUUAACAAAAGCAACUGAUGUUAAUAUUGUUAAAUUUAAUUAUGUACAAUUUAAUGGUAUUGCAACAGUAUUAAAUAAAUUAAAAAUACGUUUUCCAAAUGCUGAGCAUUUUAUAUUUAAAGAAACAAAUAUCAGUCAUUUGGGACAAUUAAAUGCACUUGCUGAGGUACAAGGUUUAGCAAGUAUACAAAUUGAACCUGAGGGUAAUCCAAUUAUAUCAAAAAAUUGGAAAAUUUAUGCAAUAUUUCGUCUGGCUCAUUGGGGACUAAGAGUAAUUAAUGGAAAAGAAAUUACUGAGAGAGACAUUGAACUUGCCAAUGAAGAAUAUUCUGGUCUCACUGAUAUUGUCAUGUGGUCACUACCAGAAUCAUUGCUGCAGCCGUUGUUACAUAGAUUACAUUUGGAAAAAGCACAGAGACAAAAUGGGGAACAAAUCACUGCCAAACAAUUUUUAUUAAACAGUGAUCCAGCACUGAGAAAUGUCGUUGCCAAAGAAGCUUUACAGUGGCGACGAGGCAAUAUUACACAGGAAGAUUUGAUUUCACGACACAAAGGAAAAGUUCAUUUAUCAAAUUUAAUUGAUCAAACAAUUGAUGCAAUAGAAAAACUACAAUUAUUAGAACGAGAAUGGCCAAAUAUUCUCAAGGAAAUAAUUCAAACAACAUUAAAUGAUUACUCUCAAAUAAAUUUAUACAUGAAACGUUACAAUAAAAUACUUGAAGAUGGUAAGUAA